ACACACCAGUUCGGCUUAGUUUGUUUGUUUUUGGAUUCCUUUAAAGUUCAUCCUCCCAACCAUGCACACAUUUUGACUAUAUUUAACUAGGCCUACAAGCCUGCCACAUUCAUCCUAUGUAUUAUAUUCAUACAAAUAGGGAUGACCAAAUGUACCAUAUUCAAACUUUUUUUUCGAAGGACAAAGUGUUAUCCUUCAUUAGAAUGACUUUCCUGGAAAAAAAAUGUAAAUGUUACAAAUUUGAGUUUGCCCACUAAUUUCUGCGGAACAAUUGCAAAGUAAACAACGUCUGGCGGGAAACUUCCAUAUGGGCAAUGUUUACAUAAAGCCAUGGCUCUGAAGGCCAGUGGUCCAUCCGCGGUAUAUGCAAACUAAAAAUGGGAGGGUAUGGUGGGUUUCUUUCGCCAUAAAAAACGCAUUAUAGUGAGAAAAUCCAGAACACAUCGCAGUGUUUUUCAGUUGAAAUCGUCAACCCACUCCAGGUCUCCUAAGAUUUUCAGUUUGAGCAAUGGGAAACAACAGCACAGCAUCGUCUCCCUCAACCAACAGCAAUGGAUCCCUGGUUGCCAGUAACGAUGGCGCCGCAGCGUCUUUUUGGGUUCACAUUUUUGCAAUGGGUAGCCUUGAUGGGAUAAUUACCCAGUGUCAAGCAGAGAUCGAAACUAUGGUGUGGGUAGGACUCAAGUCAUUUUUUCUUGUGACAGGCCUUCUUGCUAAUGCAGGUUUGUUGUGGAUUCUGCUGAGUCCCAAGAAGCCACUGUCCCACCCUGAAGUGCUCGCCCUGAACCUCUCCGUCCUGGACAUGCUGUCCUGCUUCUGUUUACCGCUAGAAAUCUACGAACACCUCUAUAUAGGCCUACUCUCCGAGCAGCUCCUCUCAGUGAUUGACGCGCUGAGAAUGCCCAAACUGGUGGGCUGCCCGCUGCUGUUGACGUUCAUGUGUGUGGAGCGUUACCUGGCCGUGGCGCGCCCCGUGGCCUACAUGCAUCUAGGGAAGUGGGAGUACCGCGCCGCCAUGUGCGCCUGUGCCUGGGUCGUCACCCUGGCCGCAGCGCUGCUAGCCUAUUUCCACAGGGUGUACUCCAUGAUCGUGUACUUGGCCCUCAGCAUAUCUCUGCUGUUCUUGCUCAUGCUGCUCUGUCUGGUGGGCAUCGUGCGUGUGCUUCGUCAGAGCGGACCAGGAGGGGGUUCCGCAACCAACGGGGCACUAAAGAGGAGGGCUAUGGAAAAUGUUCUGGCCGUGAUGGUGCCAGCGCUACUGGCGUAUGCUCCUCUGGUGCUGAUGGUCCCCCUCCUGGCUGUCAUUCAAUUUCACCUCAAAGGGGAUUUGAAUCUUGAGCUAUGUCAACUCCUGUGUGUUCUCCCGGUAUUCCCCAACUUCGGCAUUUACAUCGGACCAACUUUCUACCUGUCCCGUGUCAGACUAUUGCUUUGCUCGAAGAGGAAUGACAAAGGACGUGAGCAAAUUACGACAAGUUUCAAAACACAGGACGAAUAG